AUGGGGAACUGCAUACUUCUACCAUUUUCUCCACCUAAGAAGAAAACUAGAGUUCUAAUCUCUGAUGGAGAAGAAGAGUUCAUAGCCUCCACAAAUGUUCAAAAGAUCGCUGCAGGUCCUUACCAGGGCUAUUCGAUGGUACACCACGCGCAGCCUUACUUACCAUUGCCACCCAAGACCAAACUAAAAUCUGAAGAGGUUUACUAUCUCAUCCCAUGCUCAAGACAGCAUUGUAGCCCUCCGGCAUCUGACAAAAUGGUUAAAGAUAGUAGUUUCAAUGGCCGAAAAGUAAGGAUUGUUGUGACUAGGAAGCAAUUGGAGUUGCUGGUGAGAAGUGCAAAGGGGUUCCAUCCUAGACACUUCGAAUUUCAAUCUUUUAGGGCAAGAGAAAGGCAUCAGAAAUGGCAGCCAUCGCUAGCUACCAUUCAAGAGUAG